AUGGGUCACAUGCAUGUUCAGGACCUGUCCCAAUUGGCUUUACUGUACCACUGCAGCAUGCCCACAUGGCUGAAGAUAACCUUGGAUGAUGUGAAGGAACAAAUCUCCAAGCUGGCCAAGAAGGGCCUGACACCCUCCCAGAUUGGUGUGAUCCUGAGGGAUUCUCAUGGUGUGGCACAAGUUUACUUUGUUACUGGUAACAAAAUUUUGAGAAUUUUCAAAUCCAAGGGAUUGGCCCCUGAUCUUCCUGAAGAGCUUUAUCACUUGAUAAACAUAGCUGUUACUGUUCAAAAGCAUCUUGAUAGAAAUAGAAAGGUUAAGGAUAUUAAAUUACACCUGAUUCUCAAUGACAGCCGGAUUUACCGGCUGGCUUGUUACUAG